GAGGUCAGAUGGCCAAGCACUUAGGAGACAGUCGCUGAUGAGGACCACAGGCUGUGAUACAACAGCGAGGAAACCAGUCACAAACAGGUCGUGGGCCUCCUCGUGCUGCGAGAAAAUGGUUGGAGGCAUCCCCAGCUGUACAUCCAUCUCUGACAGGUUGACCGCCAUUCGCCUCUCUGUCACGAUGUCACCAAUGUCCAUGUUUAUGCUCCGACUUCCAAGAGGACAAGGAUGGGGUUUUCCAAACUGAUGGAAAGGGCCAAAAAGACAGUAACAAUAAUGAACAUCCUCGUUGUACUCGGUGACUGGAACACCAGGAUUGACUCACACGCCUACCAGCAAUGGGCAGAACGGGUAACGAGUUCGGGUGAGUCUGGUGCUGUAGACUGUAUACAAAUGCAUGACAGAAUGAGCCCAAGUGCCCCUUCCCAUCAUCCACCCACCCCACACCGUCGUGUGCAGCCCGCCACACGGAGCCAUUCAAGUCCAGACAAGCUCUCCCACAGUGGACCAUUCAGCCCUCGUGACAUUCUCAUUGAUCGUGACAACGGGCAGGGGAGGGAAGGCUCCCAGUAGGUUGCUAGGGGAGGCGACACUGGCAAGCGUGAGCGCUGUUCAAGCACGAACUUGUAUUACUGGACUGCUGGCAGACGAUUUUUUCCAGUUAACCGCUAAAACGAGGCAUGAGACUACAAAGC